CAGGUCCUUGUUUUAUGGAUGGAAGGCGUCUGAAAGCGUCUAAAGUUCAAGUCAACGGAACUCCAGCGUUGUUUCUGAGGAGAAUUCAGCAGUUAGAAACUCGGUUAAAGGGUCGCGCUGGCGUGUCAGAGCGCACUUGAGUUCCACGUGAUGUGCCUGAGUCGAUGGUGAGGGAAGCAAACUCUCCCGUCGCUGAUGCGCGGCUCGCUGCGCGGUCUGGAGACGCUCGCAGCUCCACUUUUACGCAUGCACAACAUUCGGAGUCCUCUUCAGCAGCACAGCGGCGCGGACGGACUCACCACGCCGAGGAGCAGCAGCGCGCGAUGCCCAGUCUGCCUGAGAUGAACCCGCGUUCUGCGCGCACACCAGGCGUGGAGUGAAGUGAAGUGGAGUUCUGGAGCUGAUUAUGAGAAAAGCGAGCUGCACAUAACUCUCACCACCCCCCGCCUCCCCACACAGACCCCCCUGCCCACAUUUCUCACUUUCUCCCGGACUGAUGCCUCCUUGUUCCAAGUGAUGCCAGAAAUCAUGGGCUUGUCCAGAAACGAGACGCUGUUUUGGUCCCACGAGCCAGCGGACGCCAACCACACCGUUAAAGAAGACCCUCUGGGCCCGGAGGUCGUGCUCGUGCCAGUCAUAUUCGGAUGCAUCUUCUUCUUGGGCAUCGUCGGGAACGCGCUGGUCAUGGUGGUCAUUGGCAGGAUCAAGUCAGGGCGCUCGAGGAGCACCACCAACAUCUUCAUCCUCAACCUCAGCAUCGCAGAUCUGUCCUUCCUCCUCUUCUGCGUGCCAUUCCAAGCCACCAUCUACUCGCUGCCUGAGUGGAUCUUCGGCGCCUUCUUGUGCAAGUCCGUUCACUACUUCGUCACGGUGACCAUGCUGGUCAGCAUCUUCACGCUCGUCGCUAUGUCCGUGGACCGCUACGUGGCCGUGGUGCUCUCCAAGAAGUCCCCGUGCAUAAGGAACCGCAGGAACGCCCUGCUCGGCGUCUGGCUCAUCUGGCUGCUCUCGCUCAUCUUCGCCGUGCCCGUAGCGCAGCACCAGGUCGUAACGGACCACCCGGACGCGCCCAACAGCUCGUUCUGUUGGGAGAUCUGGAGCGAGCGCGUGGCCAGGCAAACCUACAAAGUGACCAUUCUGGUCAUCGGCUACCUCCUGCCCUUGCUUCUGAUCACAUGCUGCUAUGCCAAGGUAUUGUAUCAUCUUCAUAAAAAAAUCAAGAACAUGUCCAAGAAAUCUGAACGCUCAAAGAGAAAGACAGCUCAAACGGUGCUGCUGGUCGUAGCGGCGUUCCUCUUGUGCUGGAUGCCCCACCAUAUCAUUGCCAUGUGGGUGGAGUUUGGCGACUUCCCGCUAAACGAUGCCUCCUUCGCCUUCCGUAUCGUAUCGCACUGUUUGGCCUACGGCAACUCCUGCGUCAACCCCAUCCUCUAUGCCUUCUUGUCAGAGAACUUCCGUAAGGCGUGCCGGCAGGUGUUCACCUGCCACAUCUUCUAUCCUCCCCCACCCGUGAAAAAAAUAGCACGAAUCAGGAUGGAGAACUUCUCUACCACGCAUUCCACCACCAACGUGUGAGAAGCCUGCGCACGGCAAGCUCCACCAAAGCUGAACCUGAGCCACUGUUUACUGUUUGAGAUGAGCCUUAAAUUUGUGCCCAGUCAAAACAGCUAAAUUGCUUGUCAUUAUUCACAUCAGAGAUACAACAAAGCAGCUGUGCCUUGCGCACCUGACUGCAAGCUGGUAAUCCUCUAGUGCCGCUGGCAUUAGAAGGAUGACUAUCCUAUUAACGCUGCUACCUAUUCACAGGUAGUCUUGGAGCCUUGGAGAACUGAAAGUAAUUAUGCCCUCAAGAAGUUUCAAAUUGCCACAUUUUCAUUUUGCACAUGCUCCGGCCAAGAGGAGCCAGGAGACGCUGAAGCCAUCUGGAAUGAUGUGGGUAAGAAGGGCUUUGGGGAAGAGAAGGCUAACUUGUAAAAAGAUGUGGAUUUAAUUGAAUUGAGACUUGAGAGAAGUGCAAAGAGAAAAACCAGCACUGAAGAAGGCCUUCACUUCAAACAUACUGUUUUUUUUUGUUUUUUUAAUCUCAAUUUAGAAAAAAACUUGAAAUAUUACAGUAAUUGUGUUGUAAUUUGUGAAUAUUGAGACAUGAAUUAAUCAAGCUAACUAUUUCUGUGGAUAAAGACGCUGUAAACUAAGCUGUAAACACAAGUGGCUGUCCAAAUUCAUUUAACCAGUGCUACACUAAUCUAUGUUGUUUCACGUGCCAGAUGUUUUGUUUAAAAUGGUUAAAUAUGUGUUAUGUAAAGCCUGUAUACCUUUGUAGGCAUCAGCGUAAUAAAAGAGCAGACACAGAUAUUUACACAGUCCCUUUAUGGAUAAAUAUUUAGAGCUCAUACAACCAGAACAAACCCAGGCAUAUUUACGGAUGGCUACACUGUAUCUUAUCUUGAAAUAAAUGUUUAUG